AUUUAUCCGAAACUUUCUAGUCCGAAAAAGAAAUAUUGUCUACAGUACAUUUCAUGUCAUCAGUCGCUACAAAACAUUUCUUUUAACCCAGGUGCAGGACGAAGUGAACCAUUUCACAAGUGAACCAGUUCCUAAGUGUACCAUUUCAGGACCAAGUGAACCACAUAUGUAUUAUAUAGUGGCUAUUGUGUGAUGACACACUGUCUGAAAGGUUGUCUGACAUCAGUCAGACUGUGAUACUGACGUCCUCCGCUUCGGUCUGCAGGAGUGGAACCAGAACGUAGAACGGUAGGCUGCACUGGUUGGCUCUGCUGUCCCUGGUGCCAACCCUCUACGUCGUUGUUUGUGCGCACGGUUUCUCUAAAGACAGACCAGUUCUCUGGCUUCCACAGACUUCCCUCCACCCAUGUGCGCUCCACGUACUGUACCAGACGGUAUAUGCCCCUUCAUUGGUGAUGUCAUCAAGGAGGAAGUCAACAAGUUUUUAUUAUAAUUUUAAUCAUAUUCUGUGGAGAAUAACUGCAUACAAUAUUUUCUUGUAUUGGGUUCCAGACAUAAUAGCAAUGGCUAAUGCUUGUAAAUAACUUCCCAUUGGAAGGUUUACUGUAAUGAAAAUUGUGCCAACAUAUAAUUAUAAUCAUGAUUGACAACCUGUUAAAAAAAAUGUUCAGGUGACAAAACUGUUUCCCUGUUGUCUAUUAUUGGGGCUAGUUUUAACUGAUAAGUGCAAGGUUCUUGGCUGUGUUGCUUCAUCCCUUCAGCUCCAGUUUGUGUGUGCUGUCUGCUGAUCCUCCCAAAUAGCACCCUACCUGCGCAACUCACAACUGCAGGGUACACACAUCAUUAUCUAUGGCAUCCCGAAAGGCACCCAUUGACAUGUACACAGUGUCCCAGGUCCCUGGCUACAAAACUGUGAUGAGAGCAGUUCUCAAGGCACAAAUCCAUCAUCUUAUUGUACAGCUGUCAGAGAUUGGUGGUGAAGAUUCUGUUCUUCUAACAGCCAGUGUGGAGAAUGGUACACUUACUCAUCUUGGCUCAGAUGUGGCUGAAAGCUUCCUAAAAGAUCAUGACAAUUUUAGGACUGAGUUUCUGGAUCACUGUAUAAGAUCAAAAGAAUGGAAACCACUAACAGGUUUAUACAGCAACAAGAAAAAACAAGACUUUGAAAUGAAGUCGCCUUCAUUAUUUGUUCCAAAAUCUAAAACCUCACCUCGACGAGGUAAAAGAUCUGCACCGUACAGCUUCAACAUGGACGGAACACAAGGGGUGUCCCCAGUCAGGCAAUCAAAAAGACCACAGACAUCUAGAACUGGAAUAGGGCAACGAAAUGUAACAACUAGUAAGUCAGAUAAUGAAAACCAGGAUCACACAUUUGAUGAAGCUGAUGAUAUUCAGAUUGUGAAAGAAAUUAAAGAGGAAAACUUUGAAGGGAGUGAUGAUGUUGUUGAUAAAAAACAAACUGAGAUGGUAAAUGAUGAAAUGGAAGGUGACAGUGAUGCAGACUAUAAUGUAGGUGAUGAUGAGAAUGGUGAAUUGAAUGCUGAAAUGGGAGUUAUUGGUUCGGAAUUAUCUAUAGACACGACAAAUUACCAAGCAGAUCCCGAUGAUGAUGGAGAAUAUGUAGAUACAAGAACAGUUUCCAAGUGUCAUGUUUGUGAGGACGAGUUCUACAGUCAAGCUGAACUGAAGCGGCACUUCGUAGAGCAUCAUCCUGACUCCAAGCCAUAUAAAUGCGGGGUCUGUGAGAAAUGUCUUGGAACAAAGAGGGAUCUAGGUCGCCACAUGCGCACUCACACAGGUGAGCGACCAUUCCAGUGCGCUACUUGCGGGAAGGCUUUCAUACUUGGCAGGCAUCUCAAAGAUCAUGAGCUCAUCCAUACCGGUUCCAAGCCAUUCAAGUGUUCGGUUUGUAAGAGGUCCUUCCGUAAUAAAUACACACUUAAAAUGCACUUUUUUAUUCAUACUGGUGAAAGGCAGUUCAUGUGCAUGGUAUGUGGUCAGCGCUUUAAAUCAAGAGGUUGUCUGAAAAGUCACGCCCUCACUCACACUGAUAUUAAACCAUUUGUUUGUGAAAUAUGUGAAAGACCCUUCAGGAGAAAAAGCCAGAUGCGACAACACCAACACACUCACGCCAAGGCUUCACAUGCGGCUGUAGUUGAACAGGUUAUUGUAGAAGAGGUCGUCUUCCAUGGUGACCUUCCUGUUGAGGUGUCCACAGAGAAUGAGAAUGAAGACAUUUGAAAACGCAUUCAUGUAACUGUGGAUGAUUAAAACUUUGCAAUGGAGCUGUUACCAGAUACCAAAAGAGCUGUUGAAAACAAAACUGAUACAAUCUAAUUGAAUAAUAUUUUUUCGUACAAAAAUGUUUAAUGACCAAUUUAGUCAAAGGAGCUUACAGUAAAGACAGAAAAGUUACAGAGGUCAUGAGAUUGACCAGCACAAACUAAAUAGUUCAGUACAUACAUGAUACAUGUUUAUGAUCAUUCUUGAGCGUAGUGUUAACCCUGAUUUUUUCAAAGUCUAGGGCAUUGAUAGUGAUAAUCAGUAUUUUGUGGUCAUGUUAAUAAGGCAAAUCUAUCAGCUUUUGAGUGAAAAUCAUUUGUGUUUAUUGUCAAAGUUUAUAAAGUAUGAACAUUUUAAUGCUAACUUAGGUUUGUAUGAUUAUAUGAUUGUAUGUCAUUUUGUAUAGUAUAUAGAAGCUUGGGGAUGUAUGAUAAAAGGUACCAUUU